AUGACAAGAAACCAAUCAAGUAAUAAUAUUUUAAUGGUAGAACCAACACAUUUCGAAAGCAAUGUUCAAGCUAUUGCAGAUAAUACAUUUAUGAAUAAACCAGGUGAAGGAUUAGAUAUUCCAACCUUAGGUGUUAAAGAAUUUACAGAAUAUUGCAAUGCAAUUAAAGAAAAGAAUGUUAAUGUUAAAUUAUUCCAACCAAAAGGUGAUGGUAUCGAAACACCAGAUUGUGUUUUCCCAAACAAUUGGUUUUCAACCCACUCUGCAGAAGAAAUGUCAAAUGCUGGUGGUAAAAACACUUUAGUAUUAUACCCAAUGUGUCACCCAAAUCGUCGUCUUGAAAGAAGAGCAAACAUUAUUGAAUUUUUAAAGAAUCGUUAUCCAGCAGAUCAAUUACAAAUCGUCGAUUUCACCCAUUAUGAAGAAAAAGGUAUGUUUUUAGAAGGUACAGGUUCAUUUGUUUUAGACAGAGUCAAUAAGAACGCUUAUAUUUGUAUUAGUCAACGUUCACACAAACAAUUAGCUCAAGAAUGGUGCGAUAAAAUGGGUUACAAUCUCGUUGCAUUCGAAUCUUUAGACAGCAAUAAUAAAAUCGUUUAUCACACUAAUGUCAUCAUGGCUAUCUGCACAAAGAUUGCAGUUAUUUGUCUCGACUCAAUUGCCACCCAAGAAGACAGAGAAAUGGUUGAAAAAACUCUUUCAAAAACCCACACCAUCGUCAAUAUCACCAAAGAUCAAGUAAACCAAUUCUGUGGUAAUGUUAUUGAAGUUCAAAAUGGAAAUGGUGACAAAUUCUUUGUUUGCUCAGAAUCUUCAUUCAAAGCUUUCACUGAACAACAAAAAGAAACAAUCAAAAACAACUGCAAUGGUGGUUUUAUCACUCGUGAUAUCCCAACCAUUCAAUCAGUUGGUGGUGGUGGUAUCAGAUGUAUGAUUGCUGAAUUAUUCUAA